AUGGCAGAGGAUGAAGUUAACUAUGCGUCAAUAGUUAUCAAAACUAAGAAACAGCCUCAAUCAGAAGCCAAAAAUGAGAAAGAGACUGUGUAUGAUGAAGUGAAGAUGAACAAACAACCAGCUCAUGCUAAAACGGCCAAAGAUGCUGAGUAUGCUGAAGUGCAGAAGCAGAAUGAAAGAUUUCAAAAAACUGCUGAAACAACUUUCUCUGCAGGACUUUUGUCGUACAAGAAAGCAGAAAAAAAAUAUCGCUGGUACCAGAAGAUGGCUUGUUGCUUUGGGAUUCUCUGUGUGAUUUUGGUGUUGGUCAUUGUUGGAGUCUGUGUUCACUAUGUGUUUCCUCACAAGAGUGAUGAACAGGAGCUAAAACAGCUGAAAGCCAACCAAACGUUGCUGCUGGAGGAAAUUUACAACCUGACAGACAUGAACAAGAAACUCAGCUCAGAUUUGAACAUCCAUGUUCACAACCUGACUCAAGAAAAAGAAAACCUGACUCAAGAAAAAGAAAACCUGACACAAGAAAAAAAUGAAACACAGAAGCUGCAGGAAGAGAAGAAAAACCUCACAGAACAAAUAGAAACUAUGGAGAAAACUUGGAAUGAGCAGAACGUCAGUCGAGCUCAGUGGAGCGUUGAUGAAUACUGUCCUAAAGAAAACAAGAGAAAUUGUAGUUCUUGUCAGAAAGGCUGGCUCCUAUCUCAGUCCAGCUGCUAUGCAGUUAAUAAUGCUGAACCUCCGAAUCAGAAAACCUGGGAAGAAGCACGAGAAAUCUGCAGAGGAAAGAUUUCAGAUCUGACUGUUGUUGGUGAUGAAGAAGAAAAGAACUUUGUUAAAGACAAGAGUUGGGUUAAUGACAACAUUACAGGAUACUGGAUUGGCCUCAGAGCUGAAGGAGAGAAAUGGAGAUGGAUCGAUGGAAGUGAUCUGACCAAUCAAGCCUGGAUACAGCAGCAGCCUGUUGAUGGUCAGUGUGUAACUUCUCUCCAGAACAGAGAAUGGAGAUCAGUGAGCUGUAAUGAAACAAACGCAUGGAUCUGUGAGAAGAAGGCUUUAUCUAUUUAAAGAUGAAAUACUCAGAUUGAGGGAAGUCAUGUGGAGAGCCUUAAAUACAAAUAAAUAAAAGUUUAAAAGUU